UAGUUUGCGGGUGUUAUUGGUUAACCUCUUUAAUUAACCAGAUGAUAAAAAAUAUUUAAGUAAAAAUAAAUACUAUUAGAAUGUCUGGCAAUUUAAUCAAGUUUCGAAAUCUAUCAAAAUGUAACCACAUAAUCCGUAAAGAUAUUCUCGCACCCGUUAUUUUUAAUGGACAAAUCGCAUUCUAUUCUGGGCCUCCUCCGCCUGGCACUCCUCCUCCACAAACGAAAACUAAGUUUGGCCCUCUCUCUGAUGAUGAUAGGAUUUUUACAAAUCUCUAUGGAAAACAUGAUUGGAGGCUUAAAGGUGCUAUGAAACGUGGGGAUUGGUAUAAAACAAAAGAAAUAUUAUUAAAAGGAUCAGAUUGGAUAAUAAAUGAAGUUAAAACAUCUGGUCUUCGUGGUAGAGGUGGGGCUGGUUUUCCAAGUGGAAUGAAAUGGUCUUUUAUGAAUAAACCUAGCGAUGGCCGUCCCAAAUAUUUGGUGGUAAAUGCUGAUGAAGGAGAACCUGGAACAUGUAAAGAUCGCGAAAUUAUGAGGCAUGAUCCUCAUAAAUUAGUAGAGGGUUGUUUAAUUGCUGGUAAAGCAAUGGGUGCGAAAGCCGCAUAUAUUUACAUAAGGGGGGAAUUUUACAAUGAAGCCUCAAACAUGCAGGUUGCCAUUGCUGAAGCAUAUCAAGCAGGUUUUUUAGGAAAAAAUGCAUGUGGCUCUGGAUUUGAUUUUGAUGUUUUCAUGCAUCGAGGUGCUGGGGCAUAUAUUUGCGGUGAAGAAACUGCUCUAAUUGAGUCACUGGAAGGGAAACAGGGUAAACCAAGGCUAAAACCACCAUUUCCUGCUGAUGUUGGCGUCUUUGGCUGUCCAACAACAGUAAAUAAUGUUGAAACUAUUGCAGUUGCCCCUGCAAUAUGCAGAAGGGGCGGGGCUUGGUUUGCGUCAUUUGGUAGAACUCGUAAUUCGGGCACCAAAUUGUUUAACAUUUCUGGGCAUGUAAACAGACCUUGCACAGUUGAAGAGGAAAUGAGCAUUCCAUUGAAAGAAUUAAUCGAACGCCAUGCUGGAGGUAUCCAAGGUGGGUGGGAUAAUCUUUUAGCUGUCAUCCCUGGGGGAUCCUCCACUCCAUUGAUCCCAAAAAAUGUCUGUGAAGAGGCGCUUAUGGAUUUUGACGGUUUAGUUGCUUGUCAAACCAGCUUAGGCACAGCAGCUCUGAUUGUAAUGAACAAACAAACUGACAUUGUUAAAGCCAUAGCCAGGUUGAUUAUGUUUUAUAAGCAUGAGUCUUGCGGUCAAUGCACACCAUGCAGAGAAGGGGUUCACUGGAUGAACAAGAUAAUAUAUAGAUUCGUUGAUGGUGACGCGAAACCAGAAGAAAUAGACAUGUUGUGGGAAAUAAGUAAACAAGUUGAAGGACACUCUAUUUGCGCAUUGGCUGACGGAGCUGCGUGGCCUGUUCAAGGUCUUAUUAGGCAUUUUAGACCGGAAUUGGAGGAACGGAUGAGGCAGUUUAACCAAGAGAAACAGAGAGCUUGUAAUUAAAAACUGUUUUUGUUUAGGUAAAAACACAUGUAAUACAACUUGAUAUUUAAACUAAUUUAAUGUUAUUAAUAUGUUCACGAUGGAUGAUCAUUUAUUUCAGGUAUUUUUACAAAAAAGUUAUUUUAUUAAAUAAGUUAUUUGAGUUAAAAUAUAAUGGU